GACCCAGCUCGCCAUGGCCGCUAUAAUGGAGGUGGAUGACCAGGAGCUGAGGGAGGCUCAGCGCGAGUUCCUCGACUUCCUUGACGAUGAGGAAGAUCAGGGGAUUUACCAGAGCAAAGUCAGGGACAUGAUCAGCGAGAAUCAAUACCGCUUGAUCGUAAACAUCAACGACCUGCGCCGCAAGAAUGAAAAGCGAGCAAACCAGCUUAUGAACAAUGCCUUCGAGGGGCUUGCUGCUUUCCGGCGGGCGCUGAAGGAAUUUGUCGCCUCGAUCGACGGCACCUACGCCAAGCAGUACGAAGAGUUCCACGUCGGUCUGGAAGGCAGCUUUGGCUCGAAGCACGUCACCCCGCGCACCCUCACCGCUCAGUUCCUGAGUUGCAUGGUCUGCGUGGAGGGCAUUGUUACGAAAUGCUCUCUGGUCAGACCCAAGGUUGUCCGCAGCGUCCAUUACUGCCCGGCCACGAAGAAGACCAUAGAGCGGAAGUAUUCAGAUAUGACGAGUCUGGAAGCCUAUCCUUCUAGCUCCGUCUAUCCCACAAAGGAUGAAGAUAACAACCCGCUUGAGACAGAGUACGGCCUUUCCAUCUACAAAGAUCAUCAGACCAUCAGCAUCCAGGAGAUGCCGGAAAAGGCCCCCGCCGGGCAGCUGCCGCGCUCUGUCGAUAUCAUCCUGGACGAUGACCUUGUUGAUGGUGUGAAACCGGGGGACCGCGUGCAAGUCAUAGGGACGUAUCGCUGUCUGCCCUCCAAACAAAACGGCUACACGUCUGCCUCAUUCAGAACCGUUCUGAUAGCCUGCAACUUGGUACAGAUGAGUAAGGAGGUAUCGCCCGUCUUCUCGGCAGAUGAUUUGGCCAAGAUAAAGAAGUUCAGCAAAACGCACUCAAAGGAUGUCUUUGAACAGCUCGCGAGGUCGCUUGCACCCAGUAUACACGGCCACGACUAUAUCAAGAAGGCGAUCCUGUGCAUGCUGCUCGGAGGGGUCGAGAAGGUCCUGGAGAACGGGAGUCGCAUUAGAGGGGAUAUCAACGUUCUCCUCAUAGGGGAUCCUUCUGUUGCAAAGUCCCAGCUUCUCCGCUAUGUGCUCUUCACGGCUCCUCGCGCUGUAACUACAACUGGCAGGGGCUCCUCGGGUGUGGGUCUAACGGCCGCAGUGACCACCGACCAAGAGACAGGGGAGAGAAGGCUGGAAGCCGGUGCCAUGGUGUUGGCAGACAGAGGCGUCGUGUGUAUCGAUGAGUUUGACAAGAUGUCCGAUAUGGACCGCACAGCCAUCCAUGAAGUCAUGGAGCAGGGACGUGUGACCAUUGCCAAAGCGGGCAUACAUGCCAGAUUAAACGCCCGCUGUAGUGUACUGGCUGCGGCUAACCCCGUCUAUGGAAGGUAUGAUCAAUACAAAACUCCCAUGGAGAACAUUGGCCUUCAAGACUCCCUGUUGUCCCGUUUUGACCUCCUCUUCAUCAUGCUGGAUCAGAUGGAUCCCGAGCAGGACCGCGAGAUCUCUGACCAUGUAUUGCGUAUGCAUCGGUACAGAGCGGCCGGAGAGCAGGACGGAGAUGCCAUGCCUCUGGGCAGCACCGUGGAUAUUCUGGCUACAAACGAUCCGAACGCCACUCACGAGGAGCAGCAAGAACUGACAGUCUACGAGAAGCACGACAGUCUCCUGCAUGGCGUUAAAAAGAAGCGGGAGAAGAUGGUUAGCAUGGAGUUCAUGCGCAAGUACAUCCAUGUCGCAAAAAUAUUUAAGCCGGUCCUGACAUCGGAAGCCGCCAAUUACAUCGCAGAGGAAUAUUCUCGCCUCCGAAACCAAGAUCAGACGAGCUCGGAUGUGGCCAGAACCUCCCCUGUCACGGCUCGUACUCUGGAGACCAUGAUCCGUCUGUCCACGGCCCACGCCAAAGUCCGAAUGAGCAAAACUGUCCAGCUGCAGGACGCGGAGGCCGCGGUGGAGCUCGUGCAGUUCGCGUACUUCAAGAAGGUACUGGAGAAGGAGAAGAAACGCAAGAAGCGAGACGAGGCGUCCGACGUGGAGGAGGAGGAAGUGCAGACGGCGACGGAUGCGGCAGCCAGGAAGAAACGGAGAAGCACUCGGACCCAGGACGGUGAGCAGCCCGACCCGUACGAGUUCAGUGACUCGGAGGAGACCUCCGUCCGGGUCCACACGCCAAAGACCCCCGAUGCUGGAAGUGAGCCGAUGGAAACUGAUUCUUCCCAAACAGGAUUAUCCGGAGAAAGGCUGAAGAGCUUUAAAUCGAGUCUGCUGGAUGCCUUUAAAUCGGCCCAUGCGCAGUCCAUCGCCAUGCCGACGCUGAUGGAAUCCAUCAACAAGAACAACCCGUCCCCCUUCUCUCAGGGGGAGGUGAAGGCUGCUCUGGAGCUGAUGGAGGACGCCAACCACAUCAUGGUCUCCGAUAACAUCGUUUUCUUGAUCUGAUCUUCGCUGUUCUACGGCCGAGACUCUCUUCCAGAACCGGCGUAUCG